AUGAUCGGCAGAUCUCUUGCUAAGGAGACUGAUGGUGAUUUCACAAAGUUUGUUACAUCAACAAGAAAACCAAGAGAUAUGGCUCAAAAAUGGAGAGCCUUCAAGAACAUUGCCAGAUUCUACAAGAAUCCAUUUGGCUAUCUCUUCUGGAAAAUCAACCCACUCCACUCUCAAAACAGAAUCAGACUCGUUUGGGCUCUCUUGAUCUGGCACUUAUCAUAAUCUUUCCUUCUCUGGAUUGCCAUUAAAAACAAGAAGGAGAGAAUGAUUGAACACUGGAGAUAUAGAGUUGGUGAGGUCAACAAGAUGCACACAUCUGGCCACAGUGACAGAAGAUUCCCAGUUGAGAGAAAGAAGAACUAUGUUAGAUACUCCAACUUCCAUCAGAUCAGAAGAAACAAGAGAAUUAACAUGAUCAUGACCAACUGGUGGUGCAGAGACCAAAACUUCAGAAAGUACUUCGAAAUGAGAAAGAGACACGGUAUCAGACCAUCCACCUCUGGUUUCUAUCACGAGAAAAUUUACACUGAUGUUGCCAAGCAAAAUCUUCAAAUCUCUCAAAUGAGACAUUCAAGAACUGCUCUCUGA